CAUCGAUCUCGAGACCGUUCACACUUACAGAUCAGCUCUCAACCCAAAGACUCGUCCGUCGUCCGUGUCAAAAUGGGCUACUCUUCCUACUACUUCUACGGGCUCGGGAUCAGCUGGAUCUCAAUCUUUAUCAUCGUCGGACUCUACCUCUUGUUCACAGGUCAAGGGGAAACGUUCAACAUCGGCAGGUACUUGGAAGAGACAUCACCAUACUUCUGGGCGUUGCUCGGUAUUGCGCUAUGCGUAGGGUUCAGUGUCAUGGGAGCAGGACUGGGAAUCUACUUGACGGGAUCGUCAUUACUGGGAGCGGGUGUACGAGCACCGAGGAUCAGGACCAAGAACUUGAUCUCUAUCAUUUUCUGUGAAGUCGUGGCCAUCUAUGGUAUCAUCAUCGCUAUCGUAUACUCUUCCAAGAUCCAGGGAGCCAGCCUAGAGACACUCCAUAACACCGCCAACACAUAUACCGCCGCCGCCCUCUUCUUUGGAGGAUUGACCGUCGGUCUAUGCAACCUGAUGUGCGGUAUCGCUGUCGGAACGACGGGAGCGACAUGCGCCGUCAGCGAUGCGCAAAACCCGGAACUGUUCGUCAAGGUUCUCAUCGUCGAGAUCUUUGGGUCGGUUUUGGGUCUUUUCGGAUUGAUCGUCGGACUGCUGGUGUCAGGAAAAGCCGAAGAAUUCGCUUAAAGAGUCGAUGCGCAGAACACGUGCGACCUUCACUUUCGCACUCGACUAUCAAGGCCAAAGAGCGUAGGGACAACUCGUGGCCGGGUCUACAUCGGUACGGUCUUGUAUGUCUUCGGCUGCGAUGUUCCCGGUUCUCGCCCCAUGCUCGCCGGAAUUGAUCGUGUUGAAGAAGAAGAUAGUGAGGGUGACGAGGUGCCAAGGGCUCGUGCGGACUGUUUCUCCUUUCGAUACCACUUAUGACAUGAUAAUUAGAUGUACCAGUCAAAUCUGCGAAGGUUCUCACAUCCAGGGACGAGAGUCGUUGCACCUACGUCAUGUCAUGUGGCUGUGGCCGUUGUCUCGAGGUUACGCUCGGCGAGGUCCAAUGUAUGGGAAACUCUGAUAUGCGC